AGCCGGUCCCACAGUUUAAGAGCAGCGUGUCUCCUCGUUGAGACUCAUCUUAUCUCCCGAUCAGAGAAAGAAGAAGCCAUGGCAAGAACCAAGCAGACCGCCCGUAAAUCUACCGGAGGCAAAGCCCCCAGGAAGCAGCUGGCCACCAAGGCUGCCCGUAAGAGCGCCCCGGCCACCGGCGGCGUGAAGAAGCCUCACCGUUACAGGCCCGGUACCGUGGCUCUGAGAGAGAUCCGUCGCUACCAGAAAUCCACCGAGCUGCUGAUCCGCAAGCUGCCCUUCCAGCGCCUGGUCAGAGAAAUCGCUCAGGAUUUCAAGACCGACCUGCGCUUCCAGAGCUCCGCUGUCAUGGCUCUGCAGGAGUCCAGCGAGGCUUACCUGGUCGGCCUGUUUGAGGACACCAACCUGUGCGCCAUCCACGCCAAGAGGGUCACCAUCAUGCCCAAAGACAUCCAGCUGGCCCGCCGCAUCCGUGGAGAGAGGGCUUAAACUGCCGCUGCUCCACAAAACACAACGGCUCUUUUAAGAGCCACCAACCUCAACUCUAGAGCUCACUGCUCCACAAUGACACAGGUUAAAUCAAUACAUUUGUAAUUUGAUAAAACCUAAUUGUAUAUAAAUAAAAGUAAAACGGGCUACAUAUAAGAAAUAGACUGUACAAUG